AUGGUGAACAAGAAGAUUUUCACCGCAGGAGGAGGAGGAGGAGGCGCCCCGGCUGAUGGCAAGAUUCCGGCCUCGUCCGGCUCCGAGAGCCCCAGCGACUCGGAAGGGGAAGAAAUUGAUGUGGUCACCGUGGAGAAGAGGCCGUCUCUGGGGGUGAGGAAGCCCGUGACCAUCACCAUCCGGGCCGACCCCUUAGAUCCGUGCAUGAAGCAUUUCCACAUCUCCAUCCACCAGCAGCAACACAACUACGCUGCACGCUCCCCUUCUGAGGGGUUCUCCUGCGAGGGCGCUUUCGAAAAGGUCCCCCAGCAGCGGCAGCGGCAGGAAGAGGAUGGGAGCAACGAUGGGCGAGCGGUGGAGAGGUUCUCUUCAGAGUCUUUUCUCCUGAAACCGGGGAGCGCUCCUAGCUCGGACAGUGAGGACGCCACCAAGAGGAAGAACCACAACUACCUGGAGCGCAAGCGACGGAACGACCUUCGCUCCCGCUUCCUGGCCCUCCGGGACCAGGUCCCUGGGCUGGCGACCUGCUCCAAAACCCCCAAAGUGGUGGUCCUGAGCAAAGCCUCCCAGUAUCUGCGGUCGCUGCUCCAGGACGAGCAGCAGAUGGUAGCAGAGAAGAAGCUUCUGAAGUCCCACCAGCUCGAGCUGCUGAAACGGAUUUCUCACCUGCAAGGCGCGCGCUAGCUUCCGACACCUGCGCCAAACUCGCUUUUCAGCCUAACCUGCACUUUUCGGGCUCUUUGGUUUUGGUUGUUGACCUUUGAGAGGGGCGUUUCCCCAAAUGGCGCUGCCGCUGGUGUUCCCGUACGGUCCAUCCUCCGCCUCCCCACUCGCAGUGCUUCUGGGUGGCGUCUCCGGCCUCAUCUCCUCCUGCAGGGGCCGAGCGGGAUGGGCCCUGGGGCAGAGAAGGAAAGGCUCAGCAUGGCUUGGGUUGGGGGUGGGUGGACUUUGGCUCCUGAGACUGCAGGUCCUCAGAGAAAAGCGAGGGUCCCCGAGCAGUCCUCUGUUCAGGCUGGGAUCGGCAGAGGAGGUCUGUCACACCAGGUGAGCGCUGGCACUUCUCACCGGGAACAUCCUUUGCUGCAGAAGCCCAUUUCUGACGGAGCCUCCCGAGUCCCUCUAAACCCCAGACCCAAACAGGUCCUCCGUUCCUUUUCCUUGUGUGUCUUGCACCUCUGUAGCCAUGCCCAGGAUUUAAGUGGCAAACACUAGCCACAGAUCACUUGACUUCCAUGCGCCACUCCCCCUCAGUGAACCUCUUGCCCUUGGCAGGCCGUGGGAAAAUCUCUACCCCCCCAACCCCCAGUUGGUUCCUGGACCUGGAUUUGAGCGCACUCAACCUAUUUUCUAUGUUAGAUACAAAGGCUUCCUUUCCCACUGAAACUUAAUGGGUGUGUGUGUGUGCGCGCGCGCAUGCUCCCUUCACUCACCUUUGAGUUCAAGGAAGGCCAUUGUGCUAGGAGAAAGUUUAAAUCUCUGCCCUGCUCUUUGCUUGAUUUCAACUGCUAGACAAAAGUGGGGGGAGGAGGGCUGGGUGCAGUUAGACCUCCUAGGCUGCGACCAGACCCCCCCUCUCAUUCCUGGGGGGAAGGAUAUGUGUGUGUGUGUUUUGACGGUAUCUUAAUUAAAAUGGGGCAGAGCCUCGUGGGGAGUAGAUUCCUGUCAAGAGAGCUCAUGCACGAGAUGUUCCCAGUCCAUUUGUGCCAAAUGGUGAGCAUUGUCUUGGGUCCUAUCCUGCCACCCUCCACUGGUGGCCAGACUCUGCUACACAGUGGCACUUUUGCAUGGAGUAGGUAGGAGACUUUCUUUCGGACUUCUUUCAGUGUCCUUCCUUUAAAUGAAAACUAACCCACCAACCCACCAACCCACCCACCCACUUUGCUGGAAAUGCACUGAGAACACCUUGGAUUUGAUUUACCUCAUUUCUUCUCUUUUUAACUCUUCAAGGCAACACAGUGGCUGACUUUGGGUUCUUCUAUGUCUUGGAAUCUGUUGUUGUGACUGCCUGAUUCAUUCUACUGAAUGGCUUUUAAAGAAAUAUAUAUAUAUAUAUAUAUAAACUGUAUUUUUAUACCUUUUUUAUACAUUGAUUUGUAAAGUUCUUGCUUUCUUCCCUUUCUCCCCUUUUUAAAAUUGUUUAAAUAAACCAGCAUGAGAGCAAG